UAAAACCGUUCAAUUUCUAGGGCUUGGUGGUCGUUGCAUCAAUGGCGGGAAGAUUCGGGGGAUAAGAAAUCCGCCAAAAUUCUCUGACAUCUUUUUUUCUUUUCUUUUUUUUUCCGAUUUAAAACCUUUGAAUUCAUUUCCAUUUUCCUCACAUGUCUUUCCUCGAAGAAUUUCAAGCCAACCUGGAAUCACUACCCAACAUUCUUCAAAAGAAGUAUGCUCUGCUGCAUGAUUUAGAUCAAAGUUUGCAAGGACUAGUGAAACAGAAUGAGCAACGCUGUGAGCAAGAAAUUGAGGAUAUUAAGCGGGGAGUUAAAUGUGGUAAUAUUACUCCAGAUACUUCACUCAUUCGAUUCUCUGAUGAAGCUCUUGAUGAACAGAAGCAUAGCAUCAGAAUUGCUGACGAAAAGGUUGCUCUUGCUGUUCAGGCAUAUGAUUUGGUAGAUACCCACAUACAACAGCUUGACCAGUAUUUGAAGAAUUUUGAUGAAAAGCUUCGUCACGAAAGAGGAACUGCUGCCGCUACUGGGUUACCAGCUUCAAGUGUAGAUGUUAACACAAAAUCUGGACGGGGAACAGAAGGUGGUAGAGGUGGGCGUAAAAAAAGAAAUGGCCAAGCUGCAGCUGCAACAACAGAAGCACCAACUACGGCAAAUCCCACAGGAAUGGAACUUGAACUACCAGUUGAUCCAAAUGAACCAACUUACUGUCUCUGCAACCAAGUUAGUUACGGGGAGAUGGUUGCCUGUGAUAAUCCAAAUUGCAAAAUCGAAUGGUUUCAUUUUGGCUGUGUUGGUCUAAAAGAACAACCAAAAGGAAAAUGGUACUGUUCAGAUUGUGCAGGCUCCAAAGGUCGCCGAAAAGGCAGGUGAUACAGGUAUCAAUCAGGAGUCUCCUGUCUAAAUUUGUAUGAAAUACAUUAAAUUCAAAUGUUACUGCAGAUCCUGCUCAGCUAGAGCUAGUCCAUAAAUUACUUGCAAUCCAUGUAAAUUCUGUUUUUGUUUUAAUGCUGCUGUUAGUGGCCACGAAAGUUUUGAAUUUGUAGAAUCUUUGACAGUAGAUCCAGAUCAUUAGUGCCCUUUUCUCCCUUUCCCAAUCCUGGGAGGUCGAUCAAGUUUCUGCCAGAACGGGUCAACUCAUGAUAAUUGAAGUGGGCCUUAACCAUUAGUGGGCAAUACUCAAUAAAAUACUGCUGUUCACUGUAAAACGCACUGAUCGGAACCGGAACCGGAGCUACAUGGUUGGGGAUAAAAAGGGAGAUGCCUAGAUAUCUUUGUUUGUUCGUUAUGUGGGGACUCGAGGUAUCCAAUUUUUACCCAUAUGUCUUGUCCCAUAUUUGUUACUCAACUAAAGUAUAAUUUAUCUGUAAUGGUUCAUUUCUGUAUAUUAAUUUGUCCAAUAAAGUUAUUUUGAGUUCAGUUGAUGUCAAA